AUGCCCCAAGUUUGGCGUUCCAGGCCAGGCCGUGCCAAAGGCACCGUCAAAGAUGGCUCCAAGGCCAGUCGAGCCGAGGUCCUCACAAAGCAAAUCGCGAACCUUGCGCGAGAAAAACAGCUGAAGAAGGCACAAGAGGUUUUCCAACAGUUCGAGCAAGAAGGCUUGGUGCCAAGCGUGUACACCUUCUCCAGCCUCAUCAAUGUCCAUGUCCGCAGCGGCGAUCUCUCUGGGGCGCUGAAGGUGCGGAAGGCCAUGCGGAAGAAAGGCGUGCGGCCGAACGUGGGAAUCUUCACCAUUCUGCUCCGCGGCUACAGUCAAGCUGGAAACAUGCAUCGUGCCCGAGCUUUGUUGGAUGAGAUGGUUGCUGAAGAUAUCAGGCCUGACACCAGGGCCAUCAACACUUUCUUCAGAGGCUGCCUCCAUCGCGGUGACGUGCCGUUGGCGCGGGAGGUCUUCGAAACCAUGGAGAGCCAGUGGCACAUUAUCCCCGAGUUCACGAGUUUGCGCUACAUGGCGCAACUUCUGAGCCAGGGCCUUCGUUUGAAAGAUCUGAAAAAGUUGCUGAGGAAGGCUGAAACGGCUGGAGAGACUUCGAAGCUCCUGCCACUGGCGCCAGCCACGCACCCACUGCGAAGGGAUCCCUGCAUUUUCUGGGCUGCUGGGAAGUGCACCAAGGGUGUCAACUGCACCUUCUUUCAUGAUCCAGAAGUUGAGCCAGAGAACCAGGAGACUCUUCAGCAAGAGCGUAAAGCGGCUAUGGCCAGCAUGAACCUGUCCCUGGCCCAUUGCUCUGCAAUGUUGGGACGCUGGGCCACAUGCAAGCGUUCUUUGCAGUAUGCGCAGGACUUCUAUGGUGCUAAAGGUGAGCCGAGAGAUGGUGAAGGCAGUCAUAGCCUUUUCCAACAGCUGGGCUUCGAGGAAGGGCGCCGGGAGGUGCAGCGAAUCUUGCAGUUUGCUUCGGCGGCACCGGCGGCACCGGCGGCACCGGAUCUGUUGCCGUACCUGUGUCGUACCUUCCUUUUCAGUUUGACACAAUCAGCAUCCGAUGAGGAAGAGUCUGUGCCUUCGGUGUCGCAGCGAUGUGUGAAUGAACUGCUUCAGUCUUUUGGCCUUGGAGAAGUGCUUCUCCGUUGUAGCUUGUCUCCAGAGGAUGCGCUCACGACUUUUCAACGAAGUUUCUCAAAAGCACAGCGUCUUCGUUGCAGCAGAGUCUUCGAAAACCGAAGGCAAGAGCCUCCGCUGCCUUCAUCGUUGCCCGUGAAACUGGAGAUCUGCUCCGGCAACGGCGAUUGGGUGGUUGCGCAAGCCAAAGCAGAGCAAGGACUUGCAAAUUGGAUAGCCUUGGAGCUAAGACACGAUCUUGUGCACAAUAUCUUCAGUCGCAUGGUGUUUGAAGAGGUGGAGAAUCUUUGUUUGUUACGUGGUGAUGCAGCAGAGAUCGUCCCACGACACCUCCAGGUCGGGUCGCUGUCACACGUCUUCAUCAACUUUCCUGAGCCGCCACACUUCUCAGGUGAUGAGAGUGCCGAAUCGAAGCAUGAGUUGUUGACGGGAAGCUUCUUCCAGCAGCUUUUUGGCCUGGUGUCAAUGUCUUUCCAUGGCAAAGGAGAUGAUGACGUGCUGGGAGAAGGUCGUCCCCUGGGGCCCAUUGAUGAUGAUGACAUUCCAAACGAGAUUAACACUGAGACCUUCAACAAGUUGCAGAUGCCUCAGGAUUUGGCGGAGGCUGCCCAGCAGACGUGGGCAAACUUUUUGGCCUUGUAUCCUUCAAAAAUAGCUGCAGGUGAAACCAUCUUCACCGCCAUCUUUGAUGCUGCCCCUUCGCUUCAAGCGAUGUUCAAGAGUCCUAAGGCAACCACUGCGGAACGCUUUGUGAAGGGAUUUGGGGAGGUCAUCAGGAAUGCUGGAAGCAAGAGCAGGAUGAUGAACUCCGUCCAGAUCAUGGGUUUUCGACACCUGGAGUUUGACAUCAACGUUGAGAAAGUAGAGGCUUUUCGAGAUGCGCUGCUUGAUCUCUUCGAUUUGGAGAUGACCGAAUUUUCGGCAAAGGGCCGCUAUGCGAUGGCCUUGCUGAUCAACUACAUCGGAGGGGCCUUGAUUUUCAUGAGACACGACUAUCAGCCGCGCAUCGAACUCAUUCAUUCCACCUGGCAAGUUGCCAAACUGGGAGUCCAGGAACAUUUCAAGAAGGAGAAGGACGAGAAAGUGAAGAGGGAAGAGAGUCACCAUUCAAAACGGGAAGGAAGGAGGCGUGGAAGCAUGAAGAAGCAUGAGAAGCAUGAGGAGAAGCAGGCAGAUAAUACACCUGUCUCGAACUCAGCAGAGACGCAGCCCAGCAAAUUUGACAAUGUUGAGGAUGUUCCAACAAACUUUGCAGAGAUGUUCAAUUUCAACGUGUCAGCCAUGGGUUUCGGAGCGUCUGAGCCGUGGAUGAGUAUGGUGCUGGAUCAACUCGAUGACCUGGUGAUGAAUGUUGCAAACACCACUCGAAUGAAAGAGGAAUGCGAGAAGCUGGCACUGUUCCUGUCCAAGCACCAGGGUCCAGUGGUGCUUUCCGAAGUCAGAUCCGUAGCUCUAUCCUCGUUGAAGUCCUUUGUCUCGGCUUGGGACGAAGAACAUGAAACUGCCUGGACAUGGUUUUGGUCCAAUGUGGAGCGGCUGCUGUCUGACUUGGAUGGCAAGUUGCAGGUGCAGGAGCAAGAGCUGGAGAAGUUCAUGCAAAGCUCCAAGAGGCUGGAGCACGUGGUGCAGAACGUCCACCUCAAGUUCUUUGAGAUCGCGCCGGCGGGUCAAGAAUUCUUCAAGGAGUCCAAGACUCGAAUGUAUCACAUAGCCGAACGCACACUGGAACUCACUUUGUCGAUCCACCGUGAGCCAAAAGAAACUGUGGAUCAACUGUCCUCUCUGGGUCUCAGACAUGUGGGUAUGUCAAUCCCAGUGGAAUUCUUUCCUCCCUUUGUGCAAGCUGCCGUCGAAGCUCUCCAGGAGGUGACGAGUGAUGAGAUGGUGGUGAAUGCCUUUCGCUGGUCAGUCACGCUGAUUGGCAAGAUCCUGUCUCGCACAGUUACGGAAGGCUCCACUUUGGUCAUGCGCGCGAUCACCCUGAACGAGCGCCUGGCGCUGCAGAAGGCUGUGGCGCUCACGGCGCGGAGCCAACGGGCCUCGCAGCUGCUGUAUGUCACAGUCGGCACUCGCUCGAUCUCUCCCCUGCUCUGGGCCAUUGAAAAUGCUUCCCUCACAGCUGCGGACGCCAUUCUUCAGGACUUGCUGACAAUUCGCGCAGACCGUCACAACUAUUACUAUGGCUGUGACGCCCUGUUUGCACGACAUCCGGACAUCAUCCAACUGCUCAUUGACCGGGCACGACCUUUGAUGCCGACCUUGCUGGAUGGGUUGAUUUGGAGAUCCCGCUAUGCAGUGGAAGGCAAAAGACGUGUGAAUUACUAUGUGAAACAUUUGAUUGAAGAUAGCGAAGGCAACUUCAACCAAGCUCUCAAGUGGGUAGUGCAAAGCAGAGAUACUGAGCUGGUUCGCCAUCCCACCUUUGAGCUUGUCUCUGAUACAGUUUGGGAGGGCCUCGCUCUUCGUGCGUUCGCGCUGGACCAUGGCAUUUUUCUUGGCUUUCUGAUCGUUUUUGCGACCGCCCAGUCCUUCUUGCAGCACACCAACAAGGGCAAUCCAGAAGCGGCAACGAGAACCACCAUCUUUGCAUGUCGUUUGAUCAUCUACCAGGGAAACAUCCCCCUGCUUUUGAUGCACAACUUCAUGCAGAUGCGAGCCAACUUUCGGGACGGAAAAACUGUGAAGUUUUGGCGUCUCAGAUACCCUAUGUACCUGCAGAAGGCCAACAACUUGUACAAAAUGGGACUUCUGAUUUGCCUCAGCUUGAUGUGCCUCUUGGAUCCGAUCCUUUGGUGCCUCAGUGCCGGUGACUUUCAGGGUGCAGGUCUGUUCACGCAGAAAUGUCCCCGUGCCUCAGGAUUAAGAGAUGUUUAUUCCGUGUUGUCCAUGCUCACCAGCCUCUUCUACUGGCUGAUCCUCGGCAGUCUUUCGGGUCUGUCGAUGCGGGUCUCAGCAUACUGUUUGCUUUGUGGUCAGGUCAUUGGGGAGCUGGGCCUUUUCUUGGUCUCCAUGGCAUUUCUGAUCCUGAGCUUCGCAAGUUCCUUAAGUGCUUUAGAGCAUAGCAGCUGGGCCUUCUCUGGCCUUCCUAGGGCAGCGCUGUCCCUGUGGGAGCUCUCUUUGGGAAUGAUCUCUUCCAAACAACUUCAUUCGCUAGGAGACGAUUUCACCCUCUAUUUGGCCCUGAGCAUUUUCGUCACUUUG